ACUGACAGUCAGCUGCAGCGAUUCACCCCGACCCGACUGCAAAAAGCUGCGGAAAAAUCGUGUCCUGAGGCGCCAUCUAGUGGCCAUCAUGUAAUUACUGCCGCUGAUCUUCUCACCUCCUGCCCGAUGUAUAUAUUAAUUCCUAUGUGGCUUCUCUAUGACUGCUGCUGGCUCCACUUUCUCCCAGUCUACAAGCAAAGCGUGGAGCAGAGAGGAUGCUGCCAGGCAAGAGGCUCCUCAUAACAGCAGACUCAUACUGGGCAUGAAUGGAGCCAGGCAUUUGGAGGGAGGGAUCUACUCAAACAUCUCACAGAGGUGAGAAUCUCUCUCCAAACUGGGGCUUGGGAGGAGGAGGAGAGUGCGCUGUACUGGGUACUGGUCGUGUGGGUAGACUACCUUCAGUUCUGGACAAGGUAAUAAGAGGGAUACAGCAGCUUGUGAGGGUACAAUCUUUAGGACCUACAAGGGGACAAAGUGAAGAGAGGUAAAGAAGGGGUUAAUGGUCCUGGCAUUGGCUGAAAGGGUUUAAAAUAUGCUCCUGGACGUUGGAUUUUCAUCAGGCUUCCUACAGAAGAAAAAGAGUGCAAUUGACGCAUAUGUUUCCCUGGACUGCUAACAGGUAAUUGCGCUUCUAAAGAUGAAUGGACAUUAAUACACUCCCCCCCCCCAACCAUAUUUCAUUAAUUUAAGGAGGGGGUCCGAAAUCCCGAAGAGGAGGGAGGGGCUGAAAAAUACCACCUCUGCCUCUUGAAGGGAGUAGAGCUUGUCAAGGGAUAUUAGGCGUAAGCACCAAGAGCAAUACCCACAACUUAACCCUCUGCCCAGGGGUAGGUGGGUGUAGAGGGGGAGAUGUUUUACUGUAUGGGAUGAUACACAAGCCUGAUAAGUAAACACCUGGUCUUCAGCCUCUAAUCAACUGGACAUGGAGGACCUGUGCCUUAACUGUUCUAGUGCGGAGGUCAACUCACCAUGGGGCAACUUUAGCCAGGACAACAGGACUCAAGAUAACACCUCCAGCAGGGACCCUCUGAAGAGGAAUGAAGAUGUGGCCAAGGUGGAGGUGGCAGUGUUGGCUCUGAUCCUGUUCCUGGCUCUAGUUGGCAAUAUCUGUGUCCUAAUCGGGAUCCACAUCAACAGACACAAACACUCCCGCAUGUACUUCUUCAUGAAGCACCUAAGCAUUGCUGACUUGGUGGUCGCUUUAUUCCAAGUGUUGCCCCAGCUCAUAUGGGACAUCACCUUCAGGUUCUAUGCCCCUGACUUCCUCUGCAGAUUGGUCACCUACCUGCAAGUGGUGGGAAUGUUUGCUUCCACCUACAUGCUCCUGCUGAUGUCCCUGGACAGGUGCCUUGCCAUCUGCCAACCUUUGAGAUCUUUGCACAGGAGAGCUGACUGUGUCUAUGUGGUUCUAACUUGGGUUGUCAGCUUUCUGCUCAGCAUACCCCAGACCUUCAUCUUUUCCCUACAGGACGUUGGUAACGGGGUUUAUGACUGCAAAUCGGAUUUUAUCAUGCCCUGGGGACCCAAAGCCUACAUCACAUGGAUAACACUAUCUGUGUACAUCAUCCCUGUCAUAAUCCUCAGCAUUUGCUAUGGGCUCAUCAGCUUCAAGAUUUGGCAGAAUAUCCGCUUGAAGACCGUUUGUGAAAGCAACGUCAGGCUGAGCUCAAGCCGGAGGGCUACAAUCUCAAGAGUGAGUAGUGUCAGGCUUAUCUCCAAGGCCAAGAUCCGGACAGUCAAAAUGACCUUCAUCAUAGUCUUAGCCUACAUCAUCUGCUGGACCCCUUUCUUCUUUGCCCAGAUGUGGUCGGUAUGGGAUCCUGAAGCUCCAAAAGAAGCCUCCAUGUUUGUCAUCGCCAUGCUCUUGGGAAACCUUAACAGCUGCUGCAACCCCUGGAUCUACAUGUUAUUUACCGGCCACCUUUUCCACGACUUAUUGCAGCGUUUUCUGUGCUGUUCUGCCCGAUACCUGAAGUCCAGACAGCAGGGAAGCGACCUGAGUGCAAGCAGGAAGAGCAACUCCUCGACCUUCGUACUGAGCCGCAAGAGUUCCAGCCAGAAGAGCAUUACGCAGCCCACCAUUGCAUGAGCCUCCCAGCCGGCGAGACCACCCUUCACAUAUAACAGGGUUGGGUACACCUGUGAUCUAUAGAGGAAUACAUGGACUGUUCCACAUGCACACGCAACCUCAGUCUAUAGCUCAGUCUAAUACACGACAAGGAUUUGUCUCUUGUUCCCUAGGGGCUCUGUUGUUAGGGGGUUUAAUAAAAAUUAAAGAGGAAAAGAUAAAUAAACCAACACGCCAUUGGACACUAAGGGCUGUUACUAAAACCUUCAAACAAAGGCCGGAUCAUUCAAAAAUGUCAUUAUUAUGGUAGGAACACAUACAUUUCAAACCAAGGGGGUCUAGGAAACGUCUUUGGAGCAAAAUUAGAUGUAUACCAGAUAAACAAGAAAGAA